AUGACGAACAUCAACAAACCACCACUAUUCGAAGCUACGAUCCCGUUCACUCCCGACGGCCAAUCCAAAAUUCGUAAACUUCUGAUUGCGAACCGUGGGGAGAUUGCUUGUCGUAUUAUCUCAACGUGUCGAAAGCUUGGUGUUCGGACAGUGGCAGUGUACACUCAGGAAGAUGUCUUGUCGCAACACGUAGCAGACGCACAUGAGUCUAUCUGUAUCGGAUCCAUCGAACACGACACCAAAAACCCCUUUCUCAACAUCGACCUCCUCCUUAAGACCGCCCGAGAAGCCGACGCCGACGCCGUCCAUCCCGGCUAUGGAUACCUGAGCGAGAACGCUGACUUUGCAGACCGUGUUCGCGCCGCGGGGCUGACCUUCGUAGGGCCAACUGGUCAGACAAUCUCGACACUAGGCGACAAGCGGACCUCUAAAGAAUACUUGAGAACUCACGCACCGGAAGUGCCACUGAUUCCAGGAUUCUCCGGGUCUAGCCAGAAUGUGGAAGAUCUCCAAGAUGCGGCGGCUCGCAUCGGCUUCCCUGUCAUGCUCAAGGCUUCUGCUGGAGGCGGUGGUAAGGGUAUGCGAGUUGUCCGCGAAGCUUCUCAGCUCCAGUCAGAACUGGAGCGUGCACAGUCGGAAGCCCAGAGAUCUUUUGGAUCCAGCGACUGCAUUCUGGAAAGGUUCAUCGAGAGCAGCAAGCACGUCGAAAUUCAGAUCGUUGGAGACCAGCAUGGUAACGUCGUAUCUCUCUUUGAACGCGACUGCUCUAUCCAACGUCGGAACCAGAAAGUCAUCGAGGAAACACCUUGUCAAUUCCUCGACGAACAGACCAAGAAAAGCAUGAGUGACACGGCCGUCAAGAUUGGGAAGCUUCUGGGAUACGAAGGGGCGGGAACCGUGGAGUUCGUGGUCGACACUGCAACUAAAACGUUUUAUUUCUUGGAAGUCAACACCCGCCUUCAAGUUGAACACCCCAUCACAGAAGAAGUCGUCGGUGUUGAUCUCGUGUCUUUGCAGCUCUUCGUUGCCGCUGCUGGGCGUCUUGCCGAUGUUCCUGAACUAUCUGACUUGACGCAGACUGGGCAUGCGAUUGAGUGUAGACUUUGCGCAGAGGACCCCAAUCGGGAAUUCAUGCCAAGUCACGAUACGGUUGCCCUAUGGAAGCCCGCAAACCCGCAUCGAGGUGCCAGCUCUGUAGUGCGCUACGAGACGGCAAUGCAAAGCGGGGCAUCAAUAUCGAUCUACUUUGACUCCAUGAUUUGCAAAAUUGCGGUGUGGGCACCUACAAGAGCCUUGGCUAUCGAUAUCCUCGCGAAGGAGCUGGCGAAUACCGCGUGCGUUGGAAUCAAGACGAAUCAGCUGUUCCUUCAGAGCUGUCUCCUUCACCCAGGAUUCAAGGAUACAGCAUACCAGACAUCUUUCAUCCCGACCCAUCUUGACGAAUUGCUUCGAAAUCCAUACCACCCAGAGCUGCCCAAAUACAUGUCAGCUAUUUCCGGUCUGCUUUUUGACGCCCUCAAGAAACGUUCUCGGAGUCAAUGUGUUCGCCGACGGCCGUUUGGCGGAGUUCGUCGUGGCUUUCACAACCAGAAGUUUGAUCCCUUUCAUCAGGCCUGCGAGAUAAUUUCGAUGCGGGAUUCGAAAGCCUCAGAAUCAGUGAUCUCAUGCGAGGCCUGCCUCCGUCAGCCAUGCGACGGCCUUGAAGGUGACAGCUAUAGUGUGCAACUCCACAAAAUUUCUCUUGACGACCCCGUCGGGCAAGACCCGUCAAUCUCGUCUCCGGCCCAACGUCUUACGUCAAAAUACACUAUCCUCAGUCAGGCCUUCCGGAGUGGUGACGCUUGGAAAUGGCCAUCCUUCAAAAUUGAGGAUGUCACUCUCAAGCCAGCCCACCAGACCGGCGGUUCUUCUUCGAGAGCUUGCACGGAAGCUCUGCCAGAAACUGAGGGCGGCCAUGCCCGGACUACACCCGUCAAAAGCUGCAACUCAAACGCGAUCAUUCUAUCGCUGUCUGGCAUGUCGUGUGCAGCUUGCUCAAGCACCAUCGAGAGAGCGAUCUUGGUUUUUGACGGGGUCAAGGACGUAAGAGUAUCUUUACAUCUACAGCAAGCCACUGUUGUUGGAACAAACUCGACUUUGGACCUCGACGGUAUUCUACAAGCUGUGCGGGAUCUUGGGUAUGGGGCAGAACCUGGACCUCGCUCCCCAAAGGAGAUCAUGGGCCUCCUUGAGUCAAGACGAGAGUCAAAGAUGCUGUGGACGAGCUUUGCCAAUGUUGGGAAGAAUGCGGCAGUUAUUCAGCUGAUCGAAAUGGCGUCAUAUCAAAGUCGGGGUACAUCUGCCCUGGAAACUAUAAUUCUCUGGGCCUUGCAGGUGGCAGCGCUGGUAGUCGCAGUAUCUUGCCAAUGGCGACAUGUUUCGUGGAUUCAUGCUGAUGGCUGGAGAUGGAUCAAGGGGGCAAGUCCCACUAUGAACACCUUGGUGGCUCUAGCUGUUUUCUUGGGGAUUUCGUUCUCCUGCAUCGACCUACUUAUCCAGGGCCCUCGAGCUGCCACCAUGUACUUUGCUACUUCCACUGGUUUGACGCUGACGGCUGUGGGUGGGAGAUACCUGGAGUGUCUUUCGCGACGACAAGUUUCAAAAGACUUGAUCAAGAUCUACAAGCCCCUCACAGACAUUGAAUUUGUCCGACUCAGUCCUUCUGGCGAAAAUGUUCCAUCGACAUAUCUUCAACCAUCCGACGAAAUAUUCGUGGAGCCAUUUUCAACAAUACCAUGCGACUGCUACAUCACAUCUGGAUCAUCUCUAGUCAACCAGUCAAUACUGACAGGGGAGUCUCUUCCCGUUCGAAGGGAUGUUGGCGACAUAAUAAUGGGCGGCACGCGAAAUCUCCACGGAAGACUAGUCUGUGUUGUCAAGAAUGAGAAAGGCCAAUCAUUAUAUUCCAAGCUUUUGCAGAGUGUUGCAGACUCUUCCGCAACGAAGUCGGAUAGCGACGCUCUGCUUGACGACAUAAUCAAGUAUUUUGUCACAGCUGUCAUCUUCUUCGCAAUCGUUCUUCCGAUCCUCGAAGUCUUUAGACUGAACCUACUCUGCCCCAACUACCAGCACAUUCGAUUCGCCGUAGCUAGAUCGAUGACUAUCCUGAUGAGCGCAUGCCCAUGUGCUCUCGGCGUUGCUAUACCAUCCGCGGUCGCAACCGCGGUCUAUUCUGCACAGAAAAGAGGACUGUUGAUUACUGGGGGCGCAUCGACGAUACAGAAGCUGGUCAAGGUCAACUCCGUCAUUUUCGAUAAGACUGGGACAUUGACCGGGGACAAUUUGACUGUCUCGGACUUCUUACCAUCACCCCAGUGGGCCUGCAGGGAGAACACACUUAGGACCUUGAUCUGUGCAGCUGAGGUCAAUGACGUGACUGGUCAUCCAGUGGGUAAGAACAUCUUCUCAAGUGGUGUCAAAUCUUUGGGUGAAGAUUGGCUGCGCUUCCAAGCUCACGGUGAGACGCGCGACAUUUGCAGCUCGGCCGGUCAAGGUGUUUCCGGAAACGUUCGCAUUGCCAAAGAUGAGUGGCAUCACGUCAUCGUGGGAAGCUCACAAUACCUUAGAGGAGCUGGUAUCAAAGAUCUUCCCGACCACGGCAAAGCUGUGGGAAGUGGUAAAAUUGAGGUGCACGUUGGAGUAGAUGGUUGCUAUGCUGGAAAGAUAUUAGUUUCGGAUACGGUCAAGACAGAGGCGCAAAGCACGGUAGCAGCGCUGAUCUCAUCGGGAUACAAGUGCUCUCUGCUUACGGGCGAUAUGGCCGACGAAGCUCACAGGGUCGCCGGUCACGUCGGAAUGCCCGUCUUAGCAUCACAAGCCUCGCCGACCGACAAACUAGCUUUCAUCGACGCCUCCAAAAAGAACGGAAAUGCUGUAGCUAUGGUCGGCGAUGGACUCAACGACGCUCCUAGUCUUGCAGCUGCGGACGUUGGCUUUGCCGUGUACCACAACAAUGCGUUGGCUACCACUGGUGCCUCCGUCAUGAUUCUCAACUCGCGGAUAGAUCUGGUUUGUCUGGCAUUCAAAAUUGCGGAACUUACCAAGCAGCAAAUUGCCCUCAACUUAAGAUGGACCGCGGCAUAUAACCUUCUUGCAUUCGGGAUGGCAGUGGGUUGGAUAAAGCCAUUCGGAUUUGUCAUGACACCUUCUCUCGCGGCUGCGAUGAUGUCUACAUCGUCAAUUUUCAUCACCGCCCAGUCUUUUCGGCUGCGGACCAAGCUAGACAAUCUACCCUAG